AUGGUGAAGCUGGGGAGUAAUUUGAAUGACAAGAACAGCAAACAACCAUCCAACGAAGAUGGUUUUCAGACAGUUCCUUUGAUCACACCUUUGGAAGUAAAUCACCUGCAGUUCCCGGCUCCGGAAAAGGUAAUUGUGAAAACAAGAACAGAAUAUCAGCCUGACCAGAAGAACAAAGGAAAACUCAGAGUGCCCAAAAUUGCUGAAUUCACAGUCAGUUUCACUGAUGGUGUAACAGAAAGACUAAAGGUCACUAUUCUCAUAAGUCUGGCUCUUGCAUUCCUUGCCUGCAUAGUGUUUCUUGUGGUAUACAAAGCCUUUACUUACGACCACAGUUGCCCAGAUGGAUUUGUUUAUAAGCACAAGCGGUGCAUCCCGGCCUCACUGGACGCGUACUACUCUGCACAGGAUUCCAACUCCCGGGGCAGGUUCUACACCGUCAUCAGCCACUACAGCAUGGCCAAGCAGACCAGCUCCCGAGCCGUAUCGCCCUGGCUGUCUUCAGGAUCGGUAAACCAUGAAGCUAAGGCUGCCAAGACAGAAGGUCAUUAA